AUGUCCCAACCGCCACCAACGGGCCUCGUCGUCGGACCAUGUCACCACCAGGGCUCCGAGCGCUUCCACCCCGACGCCCUGCGCGCACUGCGCCAGCGCGAGUCCUUCUGGCGCGCGUAUAGGGUGGUGCCGCCAUCGCUGGCCUGGCCCGCCACCGAUGCCUACCACGUACCCGUCGACACGCUCGGCGAGGACCCCCUCCUCUACCUCAUCCCGGACUGUCAAGCGCAUCGCAACAACCUGACGGCGCUGUCGAGUGUCCACAAUCUGUACUUUGCCGCCUACCAGAACCAUGUCUUCGUCUAUCGUCCUAUGCUCACGGCCGCGCCCAACCUGUCGAAACACCCGCAGGUCAAGAUCCGAUUCGAACCCACCAAGCAAGGCCUCGACGUGGGCGGCGCCAUCGAUACUGUCUUUCGGGGGCAGUCCCUCAACCACAUCAUCGUGGGCAUGCUGGGCCACGACGAGAUCCUGCUCGGCUGCGCCGACAACGGGGACGUCACCGCGUACUACACACAGGACAUAGCAGCACACGCCUACGGGGAAAGCCAGGCGGAGAAGAACCGCAGGCCGCUGCGACCGUGCUUCCGCUCCAACGUCAACAAGAGUGCCUGGGGUCUCGCCAUACACACAAAGUCACGCCUCAUCGCCGUCAGCACCAACCGCGCCGAGGUCACCGUCCUCGCGCCUGCCCUGUAUAGCGACACGGACCGCGAAACGGCAUGCACCACGCCAGAGGAUAAGGUCCGCGCGCGCUGCCGCGACUGGCGCAUCAUCGUGGCCUUGCCGGCGCAGACCAGCAACCUGCCCAACGUCACAUUUAUGGACGACGAGCACGGGCACGCGCACAAGAUCUGUGCCAUCGACAUUCACGGCACCAUAUUCGUAGCCGACAUCUGGCGUGCCAACCGUGGGGUGCUGCGCAUCCGACCAGCUGACGGGUACCUGCGCCAGAGCGAGGAGGAGAUGGGCCAGGUCUCCAGGGGCUGGGGUGUCCUCGCGUUGCACAGGAAGCACUUUAUGACGGUCAAGUCGGUCCAGGAGCUGACGGGCCUGGCCCUGCACAGCAUAUGCAUCAGUGACCCAUGGAGCUCUGCGCAGUUUCGUCGGGCCAACAUUGCGACGGCGCUGCAGAAUGUACCCGACAAUCCAUCACGAUGCUUUGCGCCACCGCGGCCGCUGUCAUUGGACAGUGACUUGUACGCCUCUGAUGUUGCAUCGGAAGUAGGCGAGCAAGACGAGGAGGAGGAGGAGGAGCAGGAAGAAGAAGAAGAGGAAGAAGGCGAUUCAGACGAUGAUGAUGAUGAUGAUGAUGAUGAUGAUGACGAUGACGAUGACGAUGACGAUGACGAUGACGAUGACGAUGACGAUGACGAGGAGGAGGAGGAGGAGGACGAAAGCAGCGGUGUCAAUCACGGUACUGUUCUGGCAGCAGACCCCCGGCCCGCCCCGAUUCCCCUCGCCUCGUUCAUUACGCAGGCCGUCGAGAACCACCUGAACGAGACCCGCGGAGAGAUGAUCGCGGCAGAUGCCCAAGGCGGCCUUCCCGUGCCCCGGGUAUACCAUCCGCACCUGGGAGCCAUACGGCACGAGUGGCCGGAAGGGCAUCUGCCCGACCCCACGCCCGACAGCAAAACAGGGGCCCGCAAGGCCUACAGCGACCCGAUGAGCUUCGUGUACCCCAAGGAGUACUGCCGGGAGCUGUACCAGAACAACGUGCCACACGACGACGCGGCGCACGGUCUGGCGCACGGCUACACGAUCCUGCGGACGUACGAAAAGGACUUUGAGCUGAUCCCCGCCGUGCGGGCCACGUUUGGCAGUUUCUUUGACAAGAUUGGUCUCUACUGCUCCGACGCCCUCCGCUGCGAGGAGCUGGCGCACGAGGGACCAGACACGGACCUUUUCAUGACAACGAGCCGUCUCAACAUGCUGGCCCACGUACCCGAGCUGUGCAUGGUUGUCAUCGGCUCGGCCACGGGACGCGUCCUGCUGGCGACGCUGACGUGCCUGGCCAAUUCCCGCAUGGACCCUGUUUUCGAUCGCCGUGGCGACGCGUCCCGCCUCAAGUACGGCAUGCGUCUAGAGGCGGUCCUGCCCAGGAAGAGUGAGGAGGCUCGUUACAGGAGACACGACGGCACGAAGCGGCCCCUGCAUGGACUGGCCGUGGGUCGGGUACCGCAGGCGAGGGGUGGAGACCACCGCCAGGCCGCCGGGCAGGCGCCGCUGCGAUACCGGAUCAUGCUGCAUUAUAGGGAUCAUACCAUCUUGACAUAUGAGGUUACGAGGCAUAUGGAGACGGGCAUGUUGUGUCUGUUUUGA